AUGCCUACCGUCCGAGGCUGUCAUCUUGUGGGCAGCGUGCCUCUAAAGGAUACCCAGUCCGUUUUCGAAUCACUGCAUUCUCUACAGAAACAUCUCAAGCGAUACCCGGAUGGAGAGACUGCUGACCGCAAGAUGUUCGUCAGCUUCCAGGCCCCUCUAUUUCCCGAGUUUAUACAGACAAAACUCGAUUUUUCUAAUCCUCUACCACCUCAGUCAAGGGCUUUCACGGAUCAAGAAAUUGAAAAGGGGAAGUACCUUCUUGGUUUGAGGGGUAAGGAAGGAACCAAAACCGGAUAUGACGAUGCUGCCAUAAAGAGCUAUGAAAUCUUUAAAGACUGGAAGGAGAAAGGAAAGUUUCCACACGGAGCCAGAUUCCAGGUCUCGAUGGCAACGCUUGGCAAUGUAGUUGGCAGUUUCAUAUCACCUCAAUUCCAAGAGGAAGCGGAAAAAAUAUACGAACCAGCUCUUUUUGAAGCCUUACACAACAUCCAAGAGAAGAUUCCUCACAAAGAACUAGCUAUCCAGCUUGAUAUGGGCGUGGAUAUGCUAUACUGGGUGGACGGAUGGGCCAAGCCCUGGUGGAGUGACAAGGACCAUUUGGUCGGUUAUAUCGUCAAGAUGGCAAAUGAGGUGCACCCCGAUGUUGAAUUGGGAUUCCAUUUCUGUUACGGAGAUAUUGCUCAUCAACACACAGUCGAGCCGGAAAGUCUCAAAGGGGUUUCCGACUUUGCACUGAGAAUUUUCAAUAAACUCAAGAGGCCAGCCACAUAUGUGCACUGUCCCGUUCCUCUGAGUGCGGAGCAUAAUCUCGAGGCUUACUUUAAGCCCCUGCAGUCCCUCCUCCCUGUGUUAUGUGAAAAUGGGACAGAGCUAUUCCUUGGACUUAUUCAUGCUGACAAUCACAAUGCUACGCGCAAAAUGAUUGAAAGUGCUCGCCAAACUAUGCUGGGAUUCGACUUGACUGAGUUCGGUAUUAGCACCGAAUGUGGCUGGGGAAGAACACCAGAAUGGCAACUUGCGAGCAUUAAGGAAAUUUCGCUCUCUGAAUCGAAGCCUAUAUUUUAA